GUCCGCGAGAAACAAGAAGCAGAAGUAUGGACACCGCAUGUCCACUGUCUCGUGAGGAAUGUCAGAAGAUUGUCGAGGCCCAUUUCCAAACGGACACCGUGAGGAUGAGAGAAUUUUCGUUGACGUCGCGAAGUAACGAUAUACAGGGCUUCAUGGGCGACCAUCUACAGCUUCGUGUGUCGGUAUCAGUCAAGGGUAAAGACGAGAAGGACAGCACUGAAGACGUGGAGUUCUUCGUGAAGAGCGUACCGAUGGAGGAAGGCUACCGACGGACGUUCGCCACGUCUGGUGUGGCCUACAAGAAGGAGGUGCUAUUCUACGGUGACUUGUUGCGAAGUUUCCAAAAGCACCUGCGCUGCGCGGCCUACGAGUCGUCUACAUUGUUGCGAACGGUCCCGCAGUGCUACUACCUGCGGCCAGAUGUGCUAGUGCUCGAGGAUCUGGCACCGGCCGGUUUUCGUAUGCUGGACCCUUCCGAUCCGUUGGACGUCGAUCACUGCGAGUGUGUGCUGAAGGCGCUGGCCAGACUUCACGCCGCUUCGCUGAUCUUCGAAGAGCGAGAAGGUCGGCGACUGGCCGACGCCUACCCGCUGCUGCUGAAGGAGUCUCUGUUCUUGAAGCAACCCGAGCUGCCGUUCUACCAGUGCCAGAGGGGCUGCGUGGAUGGCAUGCACGCUGCCGUGGACCUGGUGGCUCGCUACGCGCCGGGCACGCCGCUCAACCGAGAUCUGCACCGUCUGCUGAGCCCCACCAUGGACACGAUCUACGAGCUCGUGCAGCCCACCGACAAGUACCGCAACGUGGUCUGCCACAAAGACCUGUGGCCGAACAACAUGCUGUUUGCAGAGGAUGCACAGCGCGGGCUGUCGGUGCGGCUGGUGGACUUCCAGACGGCCAAACUGGCGCCACCGGCGUAUGACGUGCUCAGCUUCCUGCACCUCAGUUCCAUGCGAGACCUGCGGCAAGCGCACGGCCGCAGGCUGCUGGAGCUCUACCACCAGACACUGGCCGACGUGCUGCGCCAGCAUGACCUCGAUGUCGACUCCGUCCUGCCCUUGCAGGACUUCCUGCAAUCCUGCGAGGACACCCGGCCGCUAGCUGUUAUCGUCGCUGCAUACGUUUUGCUGAUCGUCAUGAUUCCUUUACAGGACGGCGACAUGCACAGAUUCAUGACGGAUCGGCCGUCUAUGGUGAAGGAAGCGUUCCAGCGAGAUGAGCGCUUCCGCCAGAGGAUCAGCCAGGCCCUGGACGACCUAGUCGAGGUCUGCAUCCUCCCUCGCAUCCAAGAUCGGCAGAGAUGAAUGCGCGUGAAGGCAGCGGCGUACCUUUGCCUGGAUGGCUUUCCUUCGGCGAUGCGUUGAAAGAUACGGAAUUCCCGCACAGACCUGGCAGGAAAGCAAGAGCGAUCUAAGUACUUGUAAGAGAUUAUUUUAAGCAACUUUGAAAUGUGUAAAUAAAAAAAUAUAUUUUUGAAA